ACAAACCACAGAGAAAAGACAUCAAUAUAUAAAUUAAAAUCAUUAAAAAAUCGAAAUCUGAAUUUAUUUUGGCGAAUUCUAUAUCGUGUUUUGUUUGUGCAUUAAAUAUAAGACGUAAAUUCUCUCAAAGUCCAUCGUAUAAUUAAAGCAAUUGAUUUAAGAAAAAUCGCCCUUUUUGUGCUUCCAAGUCAUUAUCAGCAAAAACAUUGAGCAUCAAACUUUUGAAGUGAAAAUGAAGUUUCCACGAGAAAACCCCAGUAAAUUGAGCGAUAAGAUCCUUGAUCAAAUCGACUAUUUUACAAAAAAUCCAAGAUUCAAAGAGAAAUUGGUGAGCACUGAUAUUGGUAAAAUGCAGUGUUUUAUUGUUCAACAAAUGGAUCAAGAAAAUGGUGACGCAUUGUGUGAGGCUUUUGUUCAAAAUUUGAAACUGUUCAAUGAUUUGCACGAAAAGGAAAUGGCAGACCAUUACAUGCAAAUAGCGCAGUCAAUGUGUGAUGUAUUGUUAUUACCAAACGUUCAGCAUGCAUUUUUGGACCAAAUCACAACGGUGUGGCUGAAGCAAAUGGAAUAUUUCCCGGCGACAGUCAAAAGUCGCGUUUUCAAUCAUCAAUUGAAGAAAUUCAAAGCGAUUGCGAAGAUCAUCCCUAAGCUGGGCUUGUUGCAGUCACGAGUUCUGGAGAUCUUGUACACUCACUUGGACACCACGCCGGAGAAAUUCAUUGAAAAAUUGUUUGACGAUGUCGUUGGGGAAUCAUGCAAAGAAUCCAAAGACAUCGACCAGUUCAACAACCAAGAGAAGUAUCGUCUAAUGUACACGGAUCUUCUGAAAUUCAUCAAUCGCAAGAAUGUACAGUUGCCGCAAGUUGAUGAAGGUGCAAAUAAGACCGAGGAAGAUGAUACUGAAAUGAAGAAUAUUGUUUGGGAUGUUCCUAAUCGUUCAAUUUUUCAGUCAACACCAUAUCCAAGUGAAAUGAAUUCAGUCAUGGCGAUAAAUAAUGGUUUUCCAAAAUUGUCGAAGAAUACUCAGGAAAUAAUGGAAUUUUUUGAACCAACGCAGGACCAUAACGUUGGCUCAGCUUUUAAAUACACUCCAGUUGAAAAACAGCCGGUGAAAAUAGAGGCGAAUGCUGAUUGUGUUCAGUUGGUUCAUAAAGUACCUGCGAUUAAAGAAGUCAAAGAAGAAGGCACUGUUUCAGUGGAAGUUGACAAGUCGAAAGGAAAUCAAAAAACAGUUGUCGUUGGUGUUAACGAAGACAAUCCAGACAUUAAGGUUGAUGAUGUUCCUGGAGGAAACACAAAAAAGAAACCGAUUUUUAUCGAAGAUGAACCGAUUGUAUUCGAACAAUGCCAAAACAUUAAGACACCGAAAAAACGACAUACACGUCGAAGUCAGAAGUCGAGCGGCAAAAAACAAUCAGCAUCCGACACCAACGACAGCGAUAGUACGAAAAAUCGUUGCAAAGCAACGUCAACUUCAUUUGUCCCAUUGGAACUAGUGCAAUUUAACAACAAACAGAAGCAUUUGACAUCUGAUCAAAGCACCUUCCUCUCUGAAGACAGUGAUUUAUAAGUUUCAAGACCAUUUCCAUUUUAAAGUUGCAAAACCUUCAAAAAGUCGAUUUCGCAACGAAUAGUU